GUGACGGGGAACUUCCGCUUCCCGGUUCUACAGCUGAGUUACCAAAACACGUACGACCGACACAGAAGCGAUGGCGGAGAAAGGCACAGCCAAAGCAGCGCAAACAGCGGCAGAGAAACAGCUUCUUCUCCGCAGACAGCAGCUCGACUACUUUAAGAAAAAUGCGGAGCGGCUCCGCACGCGGAACCUGCUGACCGGACUGUGUAUCGGCGCGUUUGUGGCCGGCGUGUUUGGCUACACCAUCCUGUCGGUCAAACAGGAGCGAAUCGUGGAGGAGCUGGAUGAAGAAGCUAGGAUCCACGUCAUCAGAGGACCACGGACUGGUGCCAACUCCUGAUCAUUAACCUUUUUGGACUUGUUGCCAUCUGGACCCUCUUUAGAGGGUUUGGCUCAGAUUGCUGGUGUCAUCUCACAGUGCAUAUGUGGAUAUUACUUUUUUAUUGCCUUUUUAUUUGCUGUAAAUUAUAUAAAAACAUGUAAGGUGGAAAUAAAAGAAGUUUUAAAAAGC